AUGCCGCCACGCCAGACGGCCGCACGCAAAAACCCUGCUCCAGACACAGAUACCCCUCUUCGCCUGCGCACACGCCCACUUGUCAAUGCGGACGGCAGCAUGAAUGUGGUGCGCCAAGAUGAUGAUGCUAGUAAUAGCGGCUUGCUCGACUUGGCACCCACCAUGCUACGCUUGCACACGCCUGUGCUUGGCGGCGACGACAAUAGCAGCCAUGGCCAUGCAGCAGUAGCAGCAGAAACGGCAGCACCAGCGUGUGUACAUACACCUGUCCUUGACGGGGAUACUGUGCGAAUGCCACCUCCGUUGCAGGGAAAGCAGCGGGCACGAAAAGUGUCCAAGAACGACGCGCCAUGGAACCGGACGCGCCCGACGCGAUCAUCCACAAGCAACGUGUCGAUAUCGUCAGACGAAUCGCACGGCAGUGUCAUUGUGCACGACACUCACCAGGCGCAAGUACGUGGGCGGGAGUGGGACGCGGAGCCGUUUGCGAUGCCAGUGCCGACGGCGACGUCGUCAAACCACGUGUCGUCACAGCCGACAGCAUCGGCAUCAGCAUCGGCAUCAGCGUCGGCAUCAGCGUCGGCAUCGUCAUCCCAUACGCUGCCAGCGCGACUUCGCCGCUGGAUGCACGAUGCCAUGAAGCAGCAUCUGUACGAGACGGCCAUCUUCUGGGGACAACAAGUGGUUGCACUCGAGACAUCAGAAGCCGCCUACAACGACGCGUACUGGCUAGCACAGGCAUACUUUCUCACGCACCAAUAUGAGCGCGCAGAACAACUUCUCACUACGCCAUUGCGCUGCGGUGCUUUUCCGCUCAAGCCCAACAUGAGGGGGGAAACACCCGUUGGCACGCGUGGCGAUGCUUUGCUCGCAGCGCUUGCAGCGACACGCGCCUCGAGCGAGCUGCCGCUAUCGAUGCAGGCACGUCGACGACAUGCUGAUACGUAUGCGAGUGUAUCCGACACACCGGCUGGUGCAGACGACGACGAAGCCCACGUUGAUCGUUCGCUGGACGGCGCGACUGACAGCGUGCGAGGUACACGCGCACACGUCGCGUCCAGCACAGGCACAAAUACAUCGCGUCGACGGAAGCGCUCUGUAUCACCCAGUGAUCCAUUCCAGGCGCCGCAUGGGUUGCAUAGGUCCGUGGACGAGGAGUUUACGCAGCUCGUGGUGCGACAAGACGAGGACGAAAGCCAGGGGCCAUGCCUUGUAAAUUGGAGUUCGCCGUGCCGAUACUUAGCGGCGCAAUGCCAAGUCCGUAUCGGCAAGCUGCACGAGGCACUGGAACUGACGGGUGAGGAUCACACUCGGUGGACGGGACGUGCAUCGGCCAAGACACCCGCGCUGGACGGUGGACUGAAACUCGGGUCGAGCGUGUGUCAUUUGCGCGGACAAAUCUACCUGCGCCUAGACGAGCCAGGCAAAGCGAAAGAGGCAUUUAUGUUGGCCCUCGCCCUGGACGUGAAGAACUACGACAGUUUCUCUGCACUGAUUCACGGAAGUCUACUGGGCUCGGAUGAGCAGUGGGGCUUUGUGCAGGCGCUGGAGUACACAGCGCAAGCAGGCACCGAGCGCGACGCACAGGACGACAUGGAGUGGGUGCGACUCAUGUACACGUCGCAGCUAUCGCAGCGGACGCCAUUGCACGCGACGCAAGCCGCUCUCGCACGGCAAAAAAUGGUGGCUCGGUAUGCCCGCAUGCGUGCCCAGCCGCCCGUGCUCCAGAGUCUUGCAGAGAGUCUGUGGCAGGCGAUGCGCUAUGAAGAUGCCUACGCCGUCACACAGCAUAUCCUGGCACUGGACCCUGGGUUUUUCCUGGCAUUGCCAAUCCACACGGCCUGCAUGUACUACCUUCCCAGGCUCCGCCCGGCUCUCUUUUUGCUUGCGCACAAGCUGACCGAGGCGCACCCAGACACCUGUGAGGCCUGGUACGCCGUCGGCAUCUGGUACGCGUCGGCGAAGCGCUGGAGCGAUGCACGCCGCUACUUCAGCAAAGCAUCACUGCUGGACCCCCGGUUCGUGCCGUCGUGGAUCGCAUUUGGCCACAGUUUUGCGCUAGAGGGCGAAUCGGACCAGGCCAUCACGGCGUACUCGACGGCGGCCCGCAAGUUUCCGCAGGCCGGGCUCCCACGCCUGUUUAUUGGCAUGGAACACCUCGCACAGGGCAACCGCAGCCUCGCACAGCUGUUUCUCCAGAGUGCCGCCGAGGAACUCGUGAACGAUCCCCUCUGUGCGAACGAGCGGGGCGUUGCACUCUUCCAGGGCGGCCAGAUCGAUGAGGCACUGUCUCUUUUCCGCCAGGCCAUCCAAGCGGCGUCCGAGACACAGCAUCCCGCGUCAGCUUGGUCAGCCGUGCAUCUGAAUCUCGGUCUGGCAUACCGGCGACUGCACUGUGACAAUGAAGCGCGCGAAUGUUUCUUGCACGUCAUUGAACUAGAUGCGUCCUGUGCGCCUGCUUACAUUGCACUCGGCAUGUGCGCGCACCGGCAAGGCGACUUAGCCGACGCCGUCGGUUGGUACCAUGAGGGACUGGGCAUCGACCCACGCGACCCUAUCGGCACAGACUUGCUUGCGAUGGCACUUGACGCACGCGCCGCGCAGGGUCUUCCACAAGCUCUGUGCAUGCCAUCUAUAGCGUCCUCGUCCAUGGCCGCUGACGAGACGAGCGCGUCAAUGGACGAGUCGUCCGUGGGUCUGGCGCCUGCCUAA